GCUAGGAAUCCGAACGCAAGGUGGACUGGUACCGAAUCCCGAACAACCCCGUCUGAUUACGGACAAGCAUCAUCUUUCAAAGACGACGUAAAUGCCAAGAUGAGACGACAUUCGAGAAAGAAGGAGAAAGCGGUAGUUGACUAUAGGCACCGUUGGCCGACCCAACAAACACUAUACGAGUCUCGAGUACUUCAAGAAGGAGAGGUUAAAGACAAGCCGAAAUCACGACGAGUCAAGGCGCUUGAGGCAGUCUCGAUUCCCCUACUAUGGAUAAAUAUGAAGAUUGAGUCUUAGCAAGACGGAAUUGACGAUUAUGUAGAAGCAAUAGAGUCACGGAACCAGAAAGGACCGAGCGCAUCGACAUUGCCUGACAAUCCUAGGAG